GUACACUGUGUCUCAGGCACAAUAUUGGAAGGCAGGACCCAUCCCACUCCUUUCACCGCGUUUUGAAUCCCCAGGCCGAAGUCAAAUACUCAUAUUGACACGUGGAUGUAGUGAGGAAAGUCGACUUAAAUGCCUUUCCUAAGGGCACAAGAUCGGUAUAGCAUAACAGGAUUGGAACCCAGGGCUCUGGGCCGAAUACCCUUGUGCUUUUUCUUAAUUGUUCAUCCGCAUAUAAGAAUAUGUGGCACCAGACCACACUGAGAACUCAACGUCGUACUAUUCUUGAGACACAACUACGGACAUUUGUAUGAUUUUGCCCACAUCGUUCUAAGCAAAGCACUAACCGCCAGGUGCGAAACGCAGGUGACCUUUGCCCCGGAGCUGUAUUGUGUACAAUAGCCAGGAAGAGAAACGCGCCGCUUGACAGUCGUCCUCGGUAAAUUGCAGUGGGAUUUAGAAUUGUACAUGCCCCUUGGACCACUAAGGACAACCUGUUGUGCGUUUUCUCUUUCUGAGCGUGAGGUAAGGCUAUAGAGUCCUGCCUAAAAUGGGCCAGAGAGCGUCAAAGGCAGCAAAACCGGCCAGGUCCGGGAGUUUGACCGAAGGACAAAGAAGGGAAGACGAAGGGCAAAGUCCGCCACACCAAACGAGAUCGCGUUCGGAAGAGACUAAAGAACUGGGAGAAAUGUUGUUGAAACAAACAACGCCUUGGGCAACACGGACAAUGAUGCACAUACAAACUUUGCUCCUAGAGACUGCAACGAGGAUGAGGAAGAGGUCGAGAGGCCCAUAGCCACUGAAGUCGAUCUUCAUCAAGAAUCCGAUGACAUGGCACUGGCGGGUGCUCAGAGUAGAGAAACUCAAGUCUUAGACGGCGGGCAUGAAUGCUACAACGACGGAGACAUUGUGGCGUUCUCAGAAACAGAAAAUGCGGUGAACCAAAUGACAAACUCAAGUCAAGUGAGCGGCCAAGGCAACAAGGUCAUUAACAUCGGACCCCAUUCCACCGUCACUAUCUUUGACGGAACAUCGGAUGAACCUAGCACAGGUCCCAACAUUGACAGUCCCUCAGAAGAUUUCCCCCUCGCCCAAUGUCAAGAUUCACUUAAGUCGUAUUUCAAGUCAAGACUGAGCUACCUUCACCCUCUAGCGUGGAAUGAAACUUUCACCAUGAAGAUUGAGGACAUCUUCACGACUGUAGACCUCGUGUCGCGAACACAACAAGGAGGAAACAUUGAACGGCGCGCCCUUCCCUCUACUGUCGACGCUUUGACUGCCAGACUCAAUUGUCCCCAGCCCCGGCGCAUUUUGAUCGAAGGUAACGCAGGGAUAGGGAAGACGACCGAAGUUUCUAAACUCGCUUUUGACUGGGCCGAGGGGCGGUCUCCAGUUCUGGAAAAGUAUGAUCUGGUUUUCCCGAUCGCACUGCGGACGGUUGGCGAGUCCCAGUCCCUCACAGAGUGUAUCUUCGACCAACUCCUGCCAGAAGACGUGCCGUUCCAAGAGUCGGACGUAGAAACGUACUUGAAGGGGAAUGACCGAGUCUUGAUCAUUCUCGACGGCUUCGACGAGUGGGCCAGGCAUGAAGAACAUGACGUCACCAAACUUCUGACUGGUAAGGUUCUCCGAGACUGUUGCCUGUUGGUGACCACCAGACCUUCCCACACCCCUCAGCUGCAGAGUCUGAUGUGUCCGGACACACAGGUGGAGAUCACGGGCUUCAGUCAGGACAACAUCCGCACUUACGUCCAUAGGUUCUUCACGGGAGACGAGGCCAAGGCAGCUGCCUUAGUCAGCCAAAUGGACUCCUCCCUAAUCCCCACAGGCAUUCUGGCAACACCAAUACUGCUUUUGUUGACCUGCAUGAUGUGGGAAGAGAAGCAGGAUUUGGUGUUUGGAGGUCGAAUCUUUCCCCUUUAUGAUGAGCUAAUUUCCUUCACCAUAAGGCGACAUUGCGUUAGGAACAACAUUGUUUCUGACCAAGGUAUUCCUGACAACAUUAGAGACGCACUCUUGUGUGCCGGGGCCCUUGCUUUCAAUGGCUUGUUGGAGAACAAUCUAGUAUAUAGCAAAGGCGACGUUGCCAAGUAUUGUGGUGAAGACAGUUUGCAGGAGCUUGUGUUGUUGGGGAUCCUUCAUAGACAAGAAAGUCCCUCCAGACUCAACCCUUCUGCCCAGUUUUCCUUCUCCCACAAGACGAUGCAGGAGUAUUUCGCAGGGUUGUAUUUCGCAAAAAGGCUUCAGGACGAGACAACAGAAAAGUCCAUUCUGAACACAUACCUGACAACGGCUCAAAGUGUGCGUGACUUGGAAAACGUCAUCAUGUUUGCUUGUGCGAAGUUAGGGCGUGAAGCAGAUGUUAUAUUGGCUCACCUUGUCAAACUCCACCAAGAGGAGGUAGAACAUUUGUCUGAUACCUCCAGUGGUGGGUAUCCACACUACAUGGAGUAUUUUCUAUAUUCUAAAUGUCGGAUUGCAGGGAAUGAAGGAGAGUUUUUUAGUCCUUCUAAGUUAGCUUUCUUUCACCUCCAGACAUACAUGGAGAUCGCAUUGUUGUGCUUCUACGAGAGUGGUUGUCUCUCGCAGGUAGAAAACAUCUUUCUAAUCAAAUGUGUUAUUCACUUUUCAAAUGUAGGCCCUCAUGUUUACAACGCCUUGGAACAUGUUCUGAAGAACAUUCCACCUCGAUCCCUUAGAAAUGUAACAACCCUCAGGUUGAUGGGUACCACGGAUUGUUUUGUCAGUCCUGUCAUUGACUGCCUGAGGAUGAUGAAUUUGUCUGAGUUGGACCUUUAUCGUGCUUGUCUUGGAGGUCAUGACCCCAACACAGGACCUUGUGCCCGCCUGGCACAACAGCUGCCUUACCUAACAAGUUUGAGGAAGCUUGUGUUGUGUUUGAACAAUCUUUUCUGCUCAGAUCUACUUGUAUUAUUACCUUCCUUGAAGAUGUUGGUGGACCUUGAAUGGUUGAACCUCUUUGGUAACAAACUAGCAGGUUGUGGAAAGGAAAUCUCAGAACUGCCGUGCUCCUUACGGAACCUCAAAGUCCUGAACGUGUAUGAGUGCAAACUUAGCCUGGAUGAUGUUCUACAAAUAGGUAAGGGCAUAAUCUUAUUCACCUCAUUGUUUUACAUCGAUACUUUUCUAUAAUUCCUUAUUCAUGUACCACUUCCUUGGUAUGAAAUUGAUGAAACUUGUUGUGUACUGAUCAAAACUACUUAAUAACCCUCCCAAUUAGUAAUUUUAUAUCAUUGGAAUGCAGAUAAUAUAAAAAGUAGCCUCUUACUUACAUAAUUCAUACCACAUGUAAAAUCACAUGUUGAAUAACAAAUAUCCUUUUUCUUCUUGCGAUGUUUGCUCAUUAAGUAUGUUUCAAAAUUUACAUUGACUGUUUCCAAGUAUCAUCCUAAGUGUCAAGACAAUCCAUCCAAGCCUCCUAGAGUUAUGUUAACAGAAGGAUAGACACACACAAACAUGAACAGUCCAGACAACAUAAGUCAUAACAUUCUUGGCUAAGGUUCUAAUACUGUUGUUUUCAAUUUAACACACAGCUACUGCAGUAGUGCAGUACUGCCCAAAGAUGGAAGACUUUGAGUGGAGAGGCAAUAUGACAGUUCAGAAGGACAAAAGGAAAGUUCGGGACGUUCUCAGGGGUUUAAAGUCAUGACCUAUAGGAGUUCACGAAAGUCCGCUGUCAGGAACAGUUACUCAUGGUGGGCCCGGAGCUCCCUCCUCAUCAGGCUCCUACACACCAAGGCAACUUCGAAAUCCAAACACUAACCAAGGACGUUAUAUAACAUCCUUGCACUAAAUUAGUCUUGCACUAAAUGUUUUCUGCUGUUGAAUAGGCUGUUAUCACUUAUGUACAUUUGAAUUACGAAUCAUUUAAGUCAUCUGGGGUGACAGAUGUUGAAGUCAAGGUCCUCAUCUACUUCGGUGGACGAACAUUGUAAUCAUCGUAUCUGAGUCAUUGAAUACCCUUACCGUUUUUGCCAUGUCAUUUCUGUAACAGAAGACGAGAACUCAAGGAAACCAAAGACAAAUAAGUUCUUCCUGUUGUAAAUGGUACAUUUGUUGACAAAAAAUCACAGACAUUUAGCUGAUGUUUUGAUCAGAUCUGCAAUGUUUUGGAAUCAAAAUGUUUUCCAUGAACUAUCAGAGUUCUCACCAUGCUCUUAUGAUACUGGAAUAAGUAUAUAUUACUAUCAUUAGCUAGUCUGCAUAUACAUAGUGACUUUGUAUAAGGAUAGGACUGUAUGUAAACUUGAACUGUAAAGAUAGCCCUUGUAUUGGUAACUUUUCACUAGAUAAAAUUGCAAAUAACAGCUGAACAGUACUGGACUAUCAAAUAAUGAAGAAAAACAGCAAAUAUUUGAGACAAACUUUUGUCAAGGGAGUCAUUGAAAACUGAAAUGGAAGGUACGUUAUAAAAACGGCAAACUAUAAAAAUGCAUAUAAUCUGUCGAAUUUUAUACUCAUUUUCCUGUCUUAUUUGCAUGGUUUUAAAGAAAUGUUCGAUUUGAGAUAUCUAAGAAUUGUAGAAAGUUCUUGGAUCCCAGUUGAAGUGUUGUCCCUUGCUUUGAUUUUCUGUAUUUCCUUUGGUAUUUGCUAACAGAUAAAUUCGACUUAUCUCGAGCUCUUUAUGAUUAUGUUUAGUUUUGAUCAUUUGCAGCAUUAUUAUGAUUUUCUUGGUGUAGUUUCAAUUAAUGUCAUUUGUUGUUAUUAUUUAGCUUUAAUUAUGUAUAUUAUGUUUCAUUAUCAUUAAGAUUAUGUACAUUACGUUUCAUUGAUACCUUUUUCACUUUAUAGGCUUGUACUUAAGCCAUUUCACAUAAUAAACAUGAUAUUUUAAGUCAGAUAGGCUGGAACUAGGUGUUUGCCGGCCCCAGACUUUUUUUACAUCCAACAACACUAAAUGAAGAGUAUACACAGUCAGGUGUCAAACAGUGUUUAAUAUUCACCCAAAUUCUUCCAUGCAUUCCAAACAGAACCCAGCUCUUUCCAUACUCCAUCAGCUAAUUAUUAUUUCUCUAGACACCAAAAAAUAUCUAACAAUCUAUAUCAUUUCUCUCACAAUAAUACAUUUCUCUUAAACCUUAUUUCAUUUCUAGAAUUCUCCAGUUAACAAUGAACCACCAAACAAGUUAAUGCGAACCGUAGUAACUUACCAUAGCAUGAGCGUUGAGACUAAUACCCAAGCAGAUGUUGGGUGGAAAACUGUACUCUUUACUGAGUUGCCAGGCUUCUCUGACAGCCACUACCUGUCAGUCAGAAAAUGAUACCAUCUUCCACCUCAAGAUCUGAUAGUUUACCUUUAAGAAUAACUACAAAGUCUGUACAACAGACUUUCUCUUUGCUAUCUCGUCUUCUUUUUUUGCUUGCUAUGUUGCUGAAGGGUUUUCCGUUUCUGACAUUUUUUGGGGGUGUGAAGUCAAAGUUUCCCUGUUUACAGUUGUAAAUGUGAUGAUGGUGAUUGAAAAGAAAUGAAAAGGGAAUCAAAAAUAGAACAUCAUUAGUAAUGGGAUAGAGAUCAAAUAAAUAAACACAAAUUUGUGAAAGUUGCAAACAAAAAACCCACGUAAAGACCCCACCUCAAGAAAAAA